AGCCGCCCACGCUUGCUCAUCCCGUCCUGCAUCAACAUCAUGAGCUGAACAACCAACAACGAGCUCGACCUGCGUGGUACGGGCUGAGGAUCAUCAGAAUUUCCACAUAUCUCCCACCAUGUCUGCCGCGAACACCGCGCCCACUGUCACCGAGCCGAUUCCCAUCUUCAAGCUCGCACAUCGAUUUGUGCUGUACGAUGCGAACCAUGUGACAUAUCUGCGCAGAGAGCAUAACAUCAGUGGUGUGCUGAUGGGGACACUGCCUCAAGCCUCGCAGCAGAAUGUCUUCCUAGGCUUGCCUCUGGAGUUGAUGCCAGAAGAGGCUCGACUGCUAGUCGAGAAGAAUGUCGCGUACAUUGUGGACGACACUGCCGAGCACAAGCGCAACUUCUUAGGCAACGGGUUGAAUGAGGAGGAGAGGCGAGCAUACCAGGCAGCAUUGCGAAAGCAAGGGCAAGCUGCGGCACUGGACGCGAGCAAGAGGAGUGACGACAGGAAGAAGGCUGCGUUGUCCAAGAUACAGAACAACACCGAGAACUGGAAUGAUAUUCCAGAGGACAUGUUCACUCCUGGCCCUAGUCGCAAGAAGAAGGCGCCGAAGGUAGAGACUGCUGCCGAAGCUCUCGACGAGGAUGAGUCGUUGUUUGGUGCGCCGGCUAACGCGUCCGAAGGCACGGCCAAUGUAACACGCACACAGUCCGUUGCGAGCUCGGUUGCCGUAUACGAGCCAUAUGGUGUCACGCCAACGACUUCACGACCACCUCUUCAGUUUCAGAAAACAGAGAACAUCGAGCUGCCGGAAGUGUCAACGUCUUAUCCGCUGUACAAACACUUGCAUGAGAACGGGUAUUUCAUGGCACCAGGUCUGCGCUUUGGCUGUCAGUACAUGGCCUACCCUGGCGAUCCUCUUCGUUUCCAUUCGCAUUUCUUGUGCAAUGGCAUGGAUUGGGAUCAAGAAUUCAGCUUGAUCGACUUGGUUGGCGGCGGUCGUCUAGGUACUGGCGUCAAGAAAGGCUUCCUCGUCGGCGGCGAAGAACAGAAGCCCGGCCAGGAGGGCACCGACGCCAAUAUUCGCGCCUUCGGUAUCGAAUGGGCAGGCAUGUAGUGUCAGAAUACAGCCACAGCCACAUGCUCAGCUCAUUUGUCACCGCUCUUUUCCUUCCCGAACGCACACGGUGAUACAUGUUGGUGACGCCUUCUGCUUUGGAACGACUG